AUGUUUUCCUGGCUGCUCAGGCUAUGUCAGAAAGAGAAUGGCGAUGAAGGAGAGAUCAGAACAACAGAGAAGGAAGAGGGAAUCCUUUCUCAUGAAAAAGGAAGAAGGAAAUCAUUCUGGAGAAGGCACAGGUCUGCUAGAAAUACUUCAACCCAAAAUUCCAAAAUCACUAAGCAGAGAUCAAAAAUAAAUGAACUAGAAGAACUGAAAUUGGAUAUGAGGAAGAUCAGCAAUGACAUGGAGGAAAUGGGUGGAAUCCUGGAACUUUACAUAUAUGAGGAUUUGAACUACAGGAUGAACACUGAAUUCAACAUCAUUAAAUCACAACAUGAGAAGACAAUGUUGGAUAUGAAUGAAAUGAUCCAGUCCAUAAUUGGUUCCAUGCAGUACUCCAAGGAACUGAUAGAAGAUAACUAUUCCUACAGCAUUAAGGAGGACCACCUCCUCCGUGAGUGCACUCAACUCAGCGAAAAAGUAAGGAUAUUACUGAAUGAGAACAGAAAGCUGCUAGUGGAGCAGGCUGGAACGCAAUUGUCUCAUGAGGAAGAAAAGAGGUUCUGUGAGGAGGCCAGCAAGAACAUCUGUGCUUCAAGUGCAAAGGAACAGCAGUGUGUAAACUCCAGUAGAAACCGGAACAUGGCACAGACCACGACAUGAUCUCCCUCAAAGAGAAGUGCUGGAGGAGGAGCACUGAGUGUGCACAGGAAAUAC